UCAGGCUGCCUAGGAGGCAUUGCUGCUGGCUGUCAGGACAGCGGAUCCCAGGUAGCCGUUCCACCUCUGUUUCCCUGGAUUGCUGCCCCGGUCCCCAGGGCGCAUGUUGCUCACUUGCAUUGUGCCCAUCUCUUUCCAGCACUCAGCCGAGCCCUGCAGCUCCAGGGUGUUGCCUGGGUGUAUAAAAUGUCCCUGCUGUUCAACUAUUUAACAAUGUGGUGAUGACCUUGGUGUAUAGGGCAACUGGCUUGUACAAAGGAUUAAGGCACCAUGACUGUGUUCAGGCAAGAAAAUCUUGAGGAUUAUUAUGAGAUUGGGGAAGAACUUGGAAGUGGCCAGUUUGCCGUGGUAAAGAAAUGUCAGGAUAAAACCACAGGUCUGCAGUACGCUGCAAAAUUCAUCAAGAAAAGGAGAACCAAAUCAAGUCGGCGGGGGGUGACCCGGGAAGAUAUAGAACGGGAGGUCAGCAUCCUGAAAGAGAUCCUGCACCCUAACGUGAUCACGCUGCACGAGGUGUUUGAAAACAAAACAGAUGUCAUUCUUAUUCUGGAGCUAGUCGCAGGAGGUGAGCUCUUUGACUUUCUUGCUGAAAAAGAGUCCCUGACAGAGGAAGAAGCCACUGAAUUCCUCAAGCAGAUCCUUAAUGGAGUAAACUACCUUCACUCACUGCAAAUUGCCCAUUUUGAUCUCAAGCCUGAAAAUAUUAUGCUUCUAGACCGGAAUACACCCAAGCCUCGAAUAAAGAUUAUAGAUUUUGGCCUUGCUCACAGAAUAGACUCUGGAAAUGAAUUCAAAAACAUCUUUGGAACUCCGGAGUUUGUCGCUCCUGAAAUUGUAAACUAUGAACCACUCGGCCUUGAGUCUGAUAUGUGGAGCAUUGGUGUCAUUACAUAUAUUCUAUUGAGUGGUGCAUCACCAUUUCUUGGAGAAACAAAGCAAGAGACCUUGGCUAAUAUUUCUGCUGUGAGUUAUGAAUUUGAAGAGGAAUUUUUCAGUAACACAAGUGAUCUGGCCAAAGAUUUCAUAAGAAGGCUUCUUGUCAAGGACCCAAAGAAGAGGAUGACCAUUCAUGACAGCUUGCGUCACCCUUGGAUAAAGCCUAAAGAUACCCAGCAAGCACUGAGCAGAAAGGCCUCUGCUGUAAAUAUGGAGAAACUUAAGAAGUUUGCAGCGCGAAGAAAAUGGAAACAAUCUGUGCGCUUAAUAUCCUUGUGCCAAAGACUGUCAAGAUCGUUUUUGUCCAGAAGCAAUAUGAGUAUAGCUAGAAGUGAUGAUACUCUGGAUGAAGAAGAUUCUUUUGUUAUGAAAGCCAUUAUCCAUGCCAUUAAUGAUGAUAACGUUCCUGGUUUACAGCAUCUUCUGGGCUCUUUGUGUAGCUAUGAUAUUAACCAACCAAACAAGCAUGGUACGCCACCUAUAUUAAUUGCUGCAGGGUGUGGAAAUAUUCAGAUACUUGAAUUGCUUCUAAAGCGUGGAGCACAGAUUGAUGUGCAGGAUAAGGCUGGAUCCAAUGCCAUUUACUGGGCGUCUCGGCAUGGACAUGUUGAUACUUUGAAAUUUCUUCAUCAGAAUAAAUGUCCUUUAGAUGUUAAAGAUAAGUCUGGAGAAACGGCUCUUCAUGUGGCAGCUCGCUACGGCCAUGUUGAGGUCAUUCAGUAUCUGUGCAGCAUCGGGUCACAUCCUGAUAUUCAGGAUAAGGAAGAAGAAACACCUCUCCAUUGUGCUGCCUGGCAUGGGUAUUACCCGGUUGCAAGAGCUCUGUGUCAAACAGGCUGCAAUGUUAACAUUCGCAACAGGGAAGGAGAAACUCCCAUUCUGACAGCCUCAGCUAGAGGAUACUCUGAUAUUGUGGAAUGCUUGGCUGAGCAUGGGGCUGACCUUGAUGCAACAGACAAGGAUGGCCACAUAGCAUUGCACCUUGCAGUAAGAAGAUGUCAGAUGGAAGUAGUUAAAACUCUCAUCAGUCAGGGGUGCUUCGUAGAUUUCCAGGAUCGCCAUGGUAACACGCCUAUGCAUGUUGCCUGCAAAGAUGGGAACAUUCCUAUUGUCAUGGCACUUUGUGAAGCUAACUGUAAUUUUGGAUAUUUACUAACAAGGUGAUAUGGCCGGACACCUUUACACCUGGCAGCCAACAAUGGGAUAUUGGAGGUUGUUCGGUACCUUUGCCUAAAGGGUGCUAAUGUUGAGGCCUUAACAAUGGAUGGCAAAACAGCAGAAGAUCUUGCCAGGUCCGAACAGCAAGAAACUGUGGUCAGUUUGCUUUCAAGGCUUCGAAAGGAUGCUUAUCGAAGUUUAUUCAUCCAGCAACUCAGACCUACGCAAACUCCCCAGCCACGAAUAAAGCUGAAGUUGUUUGGUUAUGUAGGGUCAGGAAAGACUACUCUUGUGGAGUCUUUGAAAUGUGGACUUAUCCGAAGCUUCUUCAGAAGACGUAGGCCACGGCUUUCAUCCACUAAUUCAUCCCGAUUUCCUCCUUCACCGCUAUCCAACAAAACAUCAGUUUCAGUGAGCAUCUCUGACCUCUACCCUGGCUGCGAGAAUGUCAGUGUGAGGAGCCGCAGCAUGAUGUUUGAGCCAGGCUUAACUAAAGGGGUACUUGAGGUGUUUGUCUCACCGUCCAAUCACCCUCACUGUUCCACCGAUGAGCAAUCCACCAGAGCUAUUGAUAUCCAGAAUGCCAAUGUGAACGGGGUUGGUGAUUUCAGUGUCUGGGAGUUCUCUGGAAAUCCUACAUAUUAUUGCAGCUAUGAUUAUUUUGCCGCAAAUGACCCCACGUCCAUUCACAUUGUGGUUUUUAGUCUUGAAGAACCUUAUGAAAUUCAGCUUAAUCAAGUGAUAUUCUGGCUUAACUUUUUAAAAUCCCUUGUUCCAGUGGAGGAACCUAUAGCCUACGGAGGAAAGCUGAAGAAUCUGUUACGUGUUGCGUUGGUGGCUACUCAUGCUGAUAUUGUUAAUCUUCCUCGCCCUGCGGGAGAAUUUGGUUAUGAUAAGGAUACGUGCUUGCUAAAAGAAAUCAGAAAUAGAUUUGGAAACGAUCUCCUGAUUUCUGAUAAGUUAUUUGUUUUGGAUGCUGGGGCAUCUGGUUCCAAGGACAUGAAGUUUCUACGGAAUCACCUGCAGGAAUUAAGAAGCCAACUGAUUGCUAAUUGUCCAACAAUGACCCCUUUGUGUGAGAAAAUUAUCUCCACUAUUCCGUCAUGGAGGAAGCAGAAUGGACCCAAUCAGCUGUUGUCACUUCAGCAAUUUAUUUAUGAUGUCCAAGAACUUAAUCCUUUAGCUAAUGAAGAAGAUAUAAGACAUAUUGUGCAACAACUACAUAGUAUUGGGGAGGUUAACAUUAUGCAGAGUGAGACCGUCCAAGAUGUGGUGCUUUUAGAUCCGCGGUGGCUUUGUUACAAUGUUCUUGGAAAGCUGUUGUCUGUGGAAAACCCAAAAGCCCUUCACCACUACCGAGGAAGAUAUACAAUGGAGGAUAUCCAACGCUUGGUUUCGGACAGUGAUGUUGAAGAACUUGUACAGAUUUUGGAUGCAAUGGACAUCUGUGCUAGAGACCUUAGCAGUGGAACAAUGGUGGAUAUACCAGCUCUGAUAAAAACAGACAACCUCCACCGAUCAUGGACAGAUGAAGAGGAAGACAUAAUGAUAUAUGGUGGUGUUAGAAUUGUUCCUGUGGAACAUCUUACCCCCUUCCCUUGUGGAAUUUUUCACAAAGUCCAAGUGAAUCUGUGCAGAUGGGUUCAUCAACAGAGUGUUGACGGAGAUGCAGAUAUACGUUUAUGGGUAAAUGGAUGUAAAAUAGCAAAUCGAGGUGCCGAAGUCCUAGUGUUGCAGGUCAACCAUGGUCAAGGAAUUGAAGUGCAAGUUAGAGGUCUAGAAACUGAAAAAGUUAAGUGCUGUUUACUUCUUGAAUCUAUUUGCGGUAUCAUUGACAACUUAUUCACAGCAACAUUGCCUGGGCUUUUGACUGUGAAGCAUUACUUAAGUCCUCAACAGCUAAGAGAACAUCAUGAACCUGUUAUGAUUUACCACCCAAGAGACUUUUUCAGGGCACAGGCUCAAAAAGAGACUUCACUGGCAAAUACAAUGGCUGGAUACAAAGAAAGUUUUAGUAGCAUUUUGUGUUUUGGCUGUCUGGAUAUUUACUCUCAAGGAACCUUAGGAAUGGACCAUCAUAUAUCGGAUCUGAAUCUUCUUACAAGAAGAAAACUUAGUCGACUUUUAGACCCUCCAGACCCCAUGGGAAAGGAUUGGUGCCUACUAGCUAUGAAUUUGGGACUGCCUGAGCUUGUUGCCAAAUACAAUACAAACAAUACAACACAAAAAGAUUUUCUUCCAAGUCCUGUUUGUGCAGUUUUGCAGGAAUGGGGAAACUUUCCUGAGAGCACUAUAGCUAUUUUAAUGUCAAAACUGAGGGAACUGGGGCGCAGGGACGCAGCAGAUUUUUUACUUAAGGCAUCCUCUGUAUUCAAAGUAAAUCUGGAUGUCCAUGGACAAGAAGCCUAUGCUGCUAGCUGCAAUAGCGGUACUUCCUAUAAUUCAAUCAGCUCAGUAGUGUCACGGUGACUGCAUUUAUUAGCAUGAGUUUAUUCGUUUUACACUGCAAACGGUGUAAAGAACAUAGUUAUUGUGUGGUACAAUAUGAAACUUAAUUUAUAAGCGCCCCUUACAAGGAUGUCAUAUAACCUCCUUUUUACUUAAAAAAAAAAAAAAAAAAAAAAAAAUUGCCAUUUUUUAUUGUAGCUAUCUAAAGGCUGCUUCUUUACACCUUUCUAUCGAAACUUCUUUAUGAAUAUGCUGCUAAUUACUGCCACCAGGAAGGAUAUGUGUCACUUUUUUCUAUUCUUUCUCUUUAACUUUUUUUAAUCAACUUGCACCCGAAUACACUUUCUUAUUUGCUUAACUUUUUAUAUGCUAGAAUGAGAACAAAUAAGGGCAUACUACGCUGUGUGACAGUGUAAUAUAUGCAGCAGUGUGAGUGCCUUGGUUGGUUUAAAAGAGGUUAGGCGGAGGUCUGUUCAGUUUUGCCCUUUAAUUACCCAACUGGGCUUUACCUCUUUGUUACUGCCUACAUUAUAAUCACUAUUAAGUUUAGAAAUUGUUUUAAUCACUUUUCAGUUUAGAAGUUGUUUUAUGCACACAAGAUAGCCGUUCUCAUUGCUAAUAAGAUAUCUACUGUAAGCCCCUUUUGUAUUCUGCUCAGUCUAUAUGACUGUAUUGCUCAGGUACAUAAACAGUUAUAGAAAACAUGAGCAUAUAUGUGAAAUUUGUGUCAAAGUAUUAUUAUUUCAGUGCUUGACCUUUAACACGGCUUUACUGCACAUCGUGUUAUAGGUCUUCCAAACCUCUUGGCGCUAGACAACAAUGUGAAUUAGGUACCAUCCAAUUCAUCUGCAGCUUCAGAACUUUAUUCCUGAUUGUAUCUCAUUCAUCUCAGGUAUAGGUUCUUACAAGCCUAAAUCACUGCAAGGAGCAUGUACAAAGUAAUUGCCAGUUUAUACACAGGAGACAUAUUUUCUUUUAAGGAUGCUCUUGAACAUAUUUACCGUACUUGAAACAAACCAAUUUAUCUUACUAGGAUUUUAACUUACAGCCAAUGCUGAGUGAGAAAGAUACUUAUUUCUCACUUGAAGAUGCAUGUCAUAUGAAUGGAAUAUUAUACAUGUAUAUACAUUUAAUUUUUUCUUAAUCUUUUAAUUGUAGUACAAUUUUAAAAAACAUUUUUUAUAUAUGUAUAUAACUGUGAAUAAAAAUGUUGCCUGUUG